UGAAGCAGCGGCAGGAGGAGAAAUCAGGGAAAGUGUGAAGUUGGAGGAAAAGUGAAGCCUCUGCUGUUGGAAGCUGAGUUUGCAGAUUCUGGAUCAGAGCUGAGUCCACGAGCCGCAUCGACUCUGGAUCGCGUUUCCUCUGGGAAACGUUAGUUUGCAGUUUCCUUUGUGUCCACGCUGCCACUGAUCUGAUCUGUGAGCGACAGGAAACGGGAACCAGCUGAGCAGCAGCAGCAGGUCUGGAGAUGGUUUUUAUUGCUGAAUCACAUUAACUGGUUCCUGACGGGUUCUGUGGAUCCUUUAAGGUCAGCGAAGUCCGAGGAGACGUGGAGACGGACAUGGAGAGGAGAAGACUCGCACAGUUCGGUCUCCCUAAAGAAUGAAGACGAGGAAAAGAGGAAAAGAUGGGAGAGAGGGAGGGAGGGUGAAGGAGGGGAGGCACUUCUGCUCCGGCCUGACGUCCACAUGGACUCUAGCAGCGACGAAUCCUCCUCAGACCUGCAGAGAUGCUUCUAACGAGCAGUGGAGUGUGGCAGCUCCUGACUCUGGCUCCGCCCACUGACUCACACUUCAGUCCUUCAGAUUAAAAGUCUGGUUUUGAAACACGUGGAAACAUGAACACAAACUGAAACAGGCAGAAAACAAACUCUCAGUCAAACCUCUGCAUCAGCCUGACCUCAGACCUGCGUACAGGUGUGGACUGACGUACCUGUACAGGUGUCGGCAUGCAGCUGAACCGACCUCGUGGCGGCCCGCUGGGGUGUGGCCUCCCUCCUCCUCCUCCUGCCACCUCCUUUUCCAGUCAGUUCAGGACCAUGAGGUUUUCCUACCACCUGAGCUCCACACCCCCGCCGCCACACAGCAGCAGCUCCACCUGCAGGACAGGUCCCUCCUCCUCCUCCAGUCCCAGCUUGCUGACCAAGAGUCUCUCUCUGGAGCCAUCCUGCUCACCGUGCAGCCACCAGGGGGCGCUGGACGCCGAUGUUCCCCAGCAGCCAAGCUCCGACCCGGGGCCUAGCUCCUCCUCCUCAGGUCCCGCCUCCUUGGAGGGAGGGGCGGAGCUAACACAGCAUGGCGGCUCUGCUAAGGGGUUGCUGCUGGUCAAUGACACGGGGCCUCCGGAGCUGCCAGCUACCACAAUAACACCACAGAGCAAGAGCAGACCUCCGCUGCCUGGGCCUAAACCUCAGGUCCCUCCAAAGCCCCCCCACCUCCAGCAGCAGGCUGGUGUGUCGAGGCCACGCCCCAGGGCUCCAGACAAGCCCCUUCCUCCUCCCCCACCCUGUAGACCCCUCCCAGCGGACCCCCGUGGGGGGCGGACUCCACCCACCCGUGCUGACGGCACUGCCUCCCCCACCUGUGUCCUAUCACUCAUUGAGAAGUUUGAGCGCGAGCAGAUCAUUGUGGUUCCUGACAUCACUGGGGGGGCUCUGUGUCCCCGCCUUCCUGACCCCUCCUCUCCCCUCUCCUCCUCCCGCCCUUCGUCACCACCAUUUUCAUCACCCCUUGCUCCUCCCCCACCUGAUGAGGAGCCACCAUCUGAGGUCAAAGGUCACGAUGACAUCCCAGUGGGGGGUGAGGAGGAGGAGGCCAAUGUGGAGAAUGAUGAAGAUGAUGAUGAAGGUGAUGAUGAUGAUGAUGAUGAAGAAGAGCUUGUGGCGGCGUGCUGUGAUGACCUUCAUCAUAAACGCCUGUCCAUGGAGUCGGGCUACAGCGCCUCAGAGAAGCACCUUGAGGAUGAUGUGGUUGCCGUGGAGAUGAGGGAGCAACAGCAGCAGCAGCUGUCGCUUCCCGACCAAUCUGAGCUCCCCUCGGAGCGUCUGUCCCUCCCCUCCUCACAGACAGACGGGAAACUGGCAAACCGGGACAGUGGAAUCGACAGCAUCAGCUCUCCGUCACACAGCGAGGAGCUCUGCUUCGCCGGCGUGGAUGAUGGGGGCGUGGCUUAUCCCUGCAGCCCCGCCCUCCUGCCCCGACUUUCUAGCUCAUCCUCGUAUGCGGGGGAAGGAGGGGAAGCAGAGGGAGGGGAGGAGGAGGGGGAAGUGAGGGGAGCAGCGAGGAGGAGGAGGGAGCUUUCUGAGGAGGGAGACAGUGACCUGGAAGAGGAGGAGGCGGAGCUAACCCUGGUACUGCCCCCGCCCAAGACAGACAGACAGGACUCAGCUGAGCUGUCUGUCCAGCAGAGGGUCUUCAACAUUGCCAAUGAACUGCUGCACACAGAGAUCGCCUAUGUCUCUAAGCUCCACCUCCUGGACCAGGUGUUCUGUGCCAGACUCCUGGAGGAGGCUCGGUCUCGCUCCUCCUUCCCCUGUGACGUCAUUCAGGGAAUCUUCUCCAACAUCUGCUCCAUCUACUGCUUCCAUCAGCAGUUUCUGCUGCCAGCGCUGCAGAAACGGAUGGAGGAGUGGGAUUUGAACCCUCGAAUUGGAGACAUCCUGCAGAAGCUGGCUCCCUUCCUGAAGAUGUACGGGGAGUACGUGAAGAACUUUGACCAAGCGAUGGAGCUGGUGAACACCUGGAUGGAGAGAUCGGCUCAGUUCAAGAGCAUCAUCCAGGAGAUCCAGAGGGAGGAGCGUUGUGGUAACCUGACUCUGCAGCAUCACAUGUUGGAGCCGGUUCAGAGGAUUCCUCGCUAUGAGCUGCUUCUUAAAGAUUAUCUACACCGACUUCCAGAGGACGCGCUGGACCACAGGGACGCACAGAAGUCUCUGGAGUUGAUCGCCACAGCUGCAGAACACUCCAACGCCGCCAUCAGGAAGAUGGAGCGAAUGAGGAAGUUGUUGAAGGUGUACGAGUUGUUGGGAGGAGAGGAAGACAUCGUUAACCCGACUAACGAGCUCAUUAAAGAAGGACACAUCCUGAAACUGUCCAACAAGAACGGGACCACGCAGGACAGAUAUCUUAUACUGUUCAAUGACAGGUUGCUGUACUGCGUCCCAAAGCUGCGUCUGAUUGGUCAGAAGUACGGUGUCCGUGCUCGGAUUGACGUGGACGGCAUGGAGCUGAAGGAGACGAGCAGCGCUGCAGUUCCCCGGACGUUCCUGGUGUCUGGAAAACAGAGAUCCCUGGAGCUGCAGGCCAGGACGGAGGAGGAGAAGAGAGACUGGAUCAAGGCCAUCCAGGCGACCAUCCAGAGACAUGAGCAGACGGUGGAGAGCUUCAGACAUUUGAACUGUUCUCUACGAGAUGAUGAGUCCACACCACCUCACUCCCCGAGCUGCGUGGAGCUGGGGAAACGAGCUCCAACUCCAAUCAGAGAGAAGGAAGUCACUCUGUGUAUGAAGUGUCAGGAGCCGUUCAACUCCAUCACCAAGAGACGACACCACUGUAAAGCCUGCGGACACGUGGUUUGUGGGAAAUGUUCGGAGUUUCGUGCUCGUCUGUCGUACGACAACAACCGGACCAAUCGUGUUUGUGUCGACUGUUAUGCCACGCUGGUGGGGGUGCUGCCCUCACCCGCCGCCCUGACCAGCAGCACUCAGAGGAGGCGCUCCAUCCUGGAGAAACAGGCCUCACUGGCAGCAGAGAACAGUGUGAUUUGUAGUUUUCUUCACCACAUGGAGAAAGGCGGGGGGCGGGGGUGGCAGAAGGCCUGGUUCGUCAUCCCUGAAAACGAGCCGCUGGUGCUCUACGUCUACGGAGCUCCACAGGACGUGAAGGCGCAGCGAAGUGUCCCUCUCAUUGGCUUCGAAGUCUCUCUACCUGAGUCAUGUGACCGUCUGGAGAGGCGCCACGCCUUCAAGAUCUCCCAGAGUCACCUGACCCUGUACUUCAGCGCUGAGGGGGAGGAGCUACAGCGGCGAUGGAUGGACAUCCUGUCGAGGGCCGGCAGGGGGGAGGAGCCUCAGAUCCACCAGCCAAUCGUGGAGAGUCUGGAGGAGGAGGGGGAGGAGCUAGCAGCUGCAGCAGAGGACGAGAACACGUGAUUCUAUUGGAUGAGGAACGAUGGUGAUGAUGAAGGCAGGGUCCUUAGAUGAAGAUCAAUCCCUACUGGAAACAUAUACAAAACCAGUGCACACACACACACACACACACACACACACUCUGAGCUCUCUGUAUAUUUAAAGUUGCGCGGUUCAUCUGCAUGAUUCUUCACUGCUGUCGACACAUGAUGGCGUCUCUCUCUCUCUCUCCCUCUCCCUCUCUCCCUCUCUCUUUCUCUCUCUUCCCCUCCCUCUCUC